AAGCGACAACCAUUUAAAGCGACACCAUUCAAAACAUCAAAUCACAUCUCGCAGUACACGCGACAACUCGUAACCAUGAUGGAUUUAGCAGAGACGCUCCUCCUCCCCGUUCGCGCUGUCCAAGCGCUGUUCGCGAUAAUUGUCCUAGGCCUGCUGGCAGAUGUCACCACCAACUGGUAUACCGCGUCCGAAGUCAACUUUCUCAUAUUCGCCUCCGUCUGGACCCUCCUCGCCGUCGCCUACCUCGUCAUCGCCCCCCUCACCUUCCCCGCCGCAGCGCACAAGCACGCCAUCCUUGUCGCCGAGGCGCUGACGAUGCUCUUCUGGUUCGCCGGCUUCAUCGCGCUCGCUGACCUGCUUGGCAAGGUGGGGUGCACGUCGCGACAGGGAAAGGCAUGCGGCGAGUCGAUCGGGGGUACUGUCUUCGCGGCCUUUGAGUGGUUAUUGUUCCUGGGAACUACGGCUUUGGCGGCGCUGCACGUCUUUCGCACACGUGGUGGCAGCUCGGAGCCAGCGCAUGCUAUGAAGGUGCAGCCAACGCCAUAUCAAGGCGCAUAAGGCGUUGACCGAACGAUUUGCUUGGUGAAGCGGAGGGAGGGGAGAGUUUUCUUUUUCGCUCCUGUUUUUUGCUUCGAUCAGCAGUGGACGACGCCGUGGAUGUUUUCAUGAUACCCGUUCGAAUGCUCUUUGCCGUAUUUAUGGGAUGGAGUUUGUUUGCUUUUCUGGAGGGAAUUAAUAGUAAUUAUCGGGGUCGUGGUUUAUCAGUUUCAUACCAAUUUUCGCAUUUCGCAAAUAUAGUUGUAUGCCAGCUUGUUGCAGCAUCUUUAAAAUGAAUAUCACAUUGUUAAACAGUGAAAGAUUUAAGGGCUAGAAGCUUUUAUAAGGAUGG